GACAUGCGCGCUGAUAGGAGGAGGAGGUGGAAGGCAUUCUGUCUGCUCCUGACUCCAUGAUCACUCAAUUAUGGAGAGGAACUCUCACUUCCCAAUCGCCUGUUCUUCUGGAAAAGGAGAAAACCAGUGAGAAGUAAUUUGUUUUUCUUCUCCUUUUAUCCACACUUUCGUAUUUUCAGACUUUAUUUCGCUAUUUCUGGAGCUCUGACUUUCUCCCUCAGAUCAGGAGUGUUUUUAUUAUUAUUAGGUUUUUCUAAUAAUCGAUCGCCUCCGCCGCCACCCUGAAGUUCAUUGUGAUCAUCUUGGCCGCCGGGAUGGUGGCCUUCAUCGGAGCGGUAAUCUGCAUCAUCGCGGCUGUCCACACCGGGUCCUCCAGGGCUGCUGCGGCACAACAACAACCGGCGGCCGACAACCACUCUCUGUACCCGGACUCCGCGGCUCAGACCCCGGCUGCUGGGGGCUCCGUGGCCCGGGCUGGGUCCCUGGGAGCUCUCCAUGGUUCUGAAACACCUGACUCCGAAGCGCCCACCUUCAACAUCGGGCUGAGCGGGCUGGACGGGGUCACCGGGCUCACCGGACACGACCCGACGGUCAGCCGGCUCAUCUGCACCCCGAUCCCCGCCGGAGAGUGCAACCCGAAAAACUUUCAGCAACAAGCGGACGACCCGUCGCUGUACGCGGGGGAGGACUGGGGCUACCUCCGCACCACCGCGGAGGAGCUCCGGCAGACGGUCCUGCAGCAGAAGGACCAGAUCCAGACGGACCAGAGAACCAUCCGGGAGCUGACGGGGAAACUAUCCGAGUGUGAGAAGGGGCUGGACGGGAAGAGCGGCGGCAGCAGCAGCGCGGACCGACGCGGGGGUGCAGCUGCCGGGUUACGGGGGGGGAAAGCCGCGGUGGACCGUGAGGCGCACCUGGAGCGGAUCAUGGUGCGGGACAGCCCGGCUUCCACGCAUGACAGCGUCCACCUGCUCACCGUUAGAGCCGUGGACGAGCUGGAGGAGGCGAUCAAUCAGCUCAAAGACCGGAUUGAGAAACUGGAGUCAGACAUCGGCCCGUUCCCUCACAACCAGACGGACAGCAGCACCUCUGGACCGCCAGAGGAAGGCGGGACGUCUGCAGGCCCAGAAAGGUUGUCCGAUUCCGGGCACAGAGCCGGAGCUGAGCGACCCUGGAGGAUGGAGGACCUGGAGGGGGAGCUGGAGAGGAAGGUGGAGCUGCUGGAGAAGGAGAGAAAAGCUCUGAGGCAGGAAACAGAGAAACACAGACAGGAAGUCGACAGAGGCAUCAAUAAACUACGCCACCGAAUCUCAGGCCUGGAGGAAGGACAUUCCUUCCCAGAGGGCUACAGACUGUCCUUCCCCACACGGACUAACUACAUGUAUGCUCUGGUCAAACACUCCAUCCCUAAGCUGCGUUCCUUCACCGUCUGCCUGUGGCUUCGUCCUGCAGAGGGAGGCAUCGGGACUCCUCUGUCCUACGCUGUUCCUGAUCAGCCCAACGAGCUGGUGCUGCUGCAGGGCCUCCACUCACCGGCCGAGCUGCUGGUCAAUGACAAGGUCACACAGUUACCCCUGAACCUGUCCAGAGGCAGCUGGCAGCACAUCUGUGUGAGCUGGAGCCAGAAGGGAGGAGCGUGGCAGGCCUACCAGGGGGGAAAGCUGAGGGGCGAGGGCCACGGACUGGCCACGGGACACCACAUCAGACCUGGAGGAGAGCUGGUACUGGGACAGGAGCAGGACUCUCUGGGUGGAGGUUUUGACUCGUCCCAGGCCCUGGUAGGAGAGCUGUCCCAGGUGGGUCUCUGGGACCGGGUCCUGUCGUCCUCCCAGGUGGCCACGUUGGCGCGAUGCGGUAAAGUUCCCCAGGGCAGCGUGGCCCCCUGGACCGAGAACGGCAUCGAAGUUCACGGAGGAGCAACCAAAGACCCUGGAGAACCCUGUAGUAAACACAGCAGGAGCUCCCAGUGACUGGCAGGGUUUCAGAAGAUCGUCCAUCUGCCCUGUAUUAAUGCUGGUACAGGAUGUUGUAAUCACUGAACACUUCUAAAACUCUAUGUGGCAUGGGAUGACAAGUGUGUAUAAAAGAAAAAAACUGUUGGUUUAUAUUUAUAAGAGGCUUUGCUCACCAAACUUCUAAUGCUAUCAUGGAGGUCCACUGGAGAACUGGCCAGUUCUCUCACUAUGUACUAUGGGUAUAGAAGUUACAAGAACAUUACCAUUAAGCACAUCUAUGUUCAGAGUGAGUCCACAUAAAGUUAGAAUAUCAUGAGUCACUGUUCAGACUCUGUUCAUCAACCAGCUACCAGUUUGAUUAUGGGAUAUAUCUGAUGUUAAUUUGAGACAACAAGCUAAAAACUAGAAACUAGAACAGCAGAGGUGCUAACAGGCCAUUCGUAACCCUUAAAGAAAUAAUUCAACAUUAAACAUACUUUCUUACUGAGAGUUACAUGAGAAGAUGGAUAUCUGUCAUUAAUGUGCCAGCACCAGCUAACUUCGCUAAUCAAACUACAGACGGGGGACAAAUCAAUGGAAAAUCAACACAGAAGGUCUUACAAAGUGUCACCAGAUGGUUUUAGGGUUCAUGUUGUGUUGCUCCUUUUGUCUUGUUCAGUUCUUGACUGAUUAAAUUCUGGUUUUAAGAAUGUAUUGACAGAGAUUUGUCAAACUGAACACCUCUACAAGAAACUUUCUUUGGUCUCUGCUGGUUUCAAAAUACUUUGAUCAACUUUGUAUCUAAAAAAAAAAUACUGUUUAUACACUUUGGCCUUUGUUUAAAUUACACAUUUUCGAUUUAUUAUAUUAAUUAAUUAGUUUUGCCGGGUCUUGGCAGGUUGAUUCUGUGAAUUUUGGACAUUUGUAGGUGAUCUCAUUUUCCUGUCUCUAUGCUAAGCUAAGUUAGCCAGCUGCUCAGUCUACAUUCAUAUAAUGGUAUUUAUCUGCUCAUCUAACUCUUGACAAAAAUCAGCCUAAUUUCUGAAAGGUUACAUUUUCCUUUAAACAGUUCAGAUUAGUGGAGAUAUUUGCAUUCAUCAGUGAAAACCUGCACAGAAACAAACACUUCCUGCUGGUUUGGCUGAGAUGGCCAGGUUGUUCUGAGUAGUUCUUCAGAGAGCUGACCUCCACGAUGAAUGCCAGAAGUCAAGCCGGCUGAAAUCCCUCCAUGUGGGGGUUGUAGAGGAGUUAAUUAAGGGCUGCCACAGCUUUAGAGCUCAGAGUCAAGCUAAGGUGAUGAAAAGUGUUGGAGAAAGCAAUGGAAUAUUAAGUAGUAGAUGGCAGCAAGGAGCAGAUGAUGAAAGACAAAGGAAAGAAGGAGAUCAGGAGGAGGAGCCAGGCUUGGUUGUUCUCACCUCUGGAUGAUGUAUUCAUAAACCUUUAAUUUCUUUCCACUGCAAAGUGUCGCUCACCGGUUUCACAGGAGAGGAUAGUGCCUCCUGCAUUCAUGCCAAGGUGGUCAUCUGUGUUCGUCUUUUACCGUUUGAGGGUUUCUUUAUUCCUUUACUACCGGAAGUUCCUGAAGAAAUCAAAAAUGAGAAAAUAACUCCUUGUUCUGAAGACAUUUGCCUGAAUAUUGCUCUUUUAGGGCUAAAUUGACUAAUUUCCUGACAAGCUUUUUGCCAUAUUUGUGUCAUUUCUGAAUGAAAAUGUCAGUAAAGAUGCAUAAACAGAUCAGCCAUACAUUCCAAACCACUUGCCUAAUACUUAGAUCACCCUCAUGCUGCAGAAACAGCUCUGACCUGUUGAGACAUGGAAAUGAGAUCUCUGGGAUGUCCUGUGGUGUCCUGUGGUGUCUGGUAAUGGACCCUGUGGGUGGCAGGGUGGGGACUCUGGUGAAUGGACUUGUCUGGGCACAUAUCCACGGAUGUUCCAUCUAGUGGUGUGUGAUGCUGCAACAUUUGGUUUUGAUCCAAUACCAGUAAAUACAGGGCCACUAUGGCCGAUAUUGAUACCCCAGACUAACUUUUUCAGUAGUCGGUAGGUUUAGAACAAAGGUUAUCUGCUGUAUCUACUCGUCCACAUCUGGAAUGAAGAUGUGGUUGUAAAUGCUCACAGGUUUUAAGGAUCAGACUAAUUCCUGGGUUGGUUUUCUGUGGAUCAGACGAAGAAGAAUCUGGAGUACCAAUGAAGUCACAAAGUGCGGGAUAACCUCCUUAAACAGGAUUCAUGUUUAACAGUUUGGCCAAUAUUUAUGCAAAACGUCUGUCACUGAAACAGGAAAUGCUCUUUUAAGAUGCAUUUUUACAUUAAAAUUACUUUUGUAAUGAUGAAUAUGAAAAGUGUUUGUUCGUUUAGGCAGGUGGUCAGUGUCCAGGUUCAUCCACAGGAAUGUCAGCUCCCAAAGCCAGAUUAUUCCAACAAGAUGAAUGUUAAACACUUCACCUGUGAGUGGCUGGUGGAGUUCCUCAGAUAGCAACUUUUGGUCCAAUCCUACUGCACAUUUUAUGUCCUUUUAAUUGAUGUUCUCAAACACUCUGUUUCACGAUUUGCUCGUUUUAGUUCCAAUGUUCUCAGAUAUCGACUGUUUUAUACAUGCAGCCUCUCGUGGAUAAAUGAACAACUUUAAACCUCCGACUCCUUUAACCUUAAAACAUUCCAUGCAUGAGUUGUGAUGUUUGUUUGCCUUGAUGAAAAAGAAUCCUCUAAUCACUAUUCACGACUGCAGCGUGAGACAUGCUGUUAAAUACAGAUGCUUCAUUUCAAACUUUCCAGAACAGCGGCUCUCCCCAUCAUAAAGCGAUCUUUAGUGGAAAGUGCCUGUCAGGGUGUCUGAGCCCACGGAAACAAAUCAUCUCCUCUAUUAUCCUGAUGGAAAAACACUCACUGCAAGAUGUUUUGACCUAAUUAAGCAUCCGUGUUUCUCUGAAUCCUCCAGUUGUUUCUUAGAUUUCAGAGGUCUGAUAAGACGUUUGCCAACACUUUACUUAAAGCCUCUGUGCAGUGCCGCCAAACUGAUGCUCAGUCAGGUCAGAACAUCUUGCUGAGCCUAACAGUGUCUUUGAUGAAGCCUCUCAGUCUGCAGUGUCGGUUCUAUAUAUUUAUGUCAUGCUUGGUGUCUGGUCAGCUCUUUUUUGGGGCUUUUUGAUGGUAGUGUGGCAUUAUUAUGUUUACUGGAGCAGAAAACUACUGAAGCUUUCCCCCACUGUAUGCAUCGGUAUCUGUCUGUUUUUAUGUUGUUGAAUGUAUAAAUACUGUAUGUCUUUGUCUUGUAUGGUGUUGUAUUGUUCUGCAUAUGUGCCGUGUACAAACACCAACUCUUUAUUAAAGUCCUGAUUUUCAAACGCAAAGAAA